CAACAGUCUGAAGCUGCCAUCCUUGUGACAGUGCUCAGUGGGUGAUACUAUUUAACGGUGUGAGUACCAGAUUUCAGACAAAUAAAUGUUCCAAGACUUCUAAAUUUGUACCCAGAAUUCUUUCGGAUCAUCAUGCCGAGAGAAACUGCGUCUACUGCGCAGUACACGAAAGAUUUGUUUCAAGAUUCUUUACUUACUGGAAUUCCUCAAAUAGUUCAGACUCGCAGCUUAGGUAGGAAGAUUCUCAAAAGCACGAUUUUGGCAAGUUGCGUCAUAGGUUUCGUAUAUCAAACAACGGAAUUUAUGAAAAUUUUCUGGAGUUACCCUACUGUACUAGACAUUGAUGUCGAAUACCCAGAAAUCAUUGAAUCGCCAGCAAUCACGUACUGCAAUCUCAAUGGUAUCAAACGAAACUCCUUUUGUGAAGAAUAUCCAGAUAACUGCACAUCUCCUCAAAACAUCACAGCGUUUUGCAACGCUUUUCCAGAUGUGUGCCGUAAGCAGGGAAUUGAAAAUUUAAAGUACCCGAAAGACGAAGCUUUCAAAUUUGAAGAAAUAGCUACCAUUGAUGAUUUGAAAAACCUUGGCCAUUCGAGUGAAGACAUUUUAAUUUACUGUCGAAAAAUGCAUAAAGAUACACACGAGUUCGUGGAAUGCAACAUACAAGAUCAUAUCCAUAUGCUAAUGCCUGACGGUAACACUGGAUAUCGGAACUGUUAUAUUCUCUUCUCGGUAAUAAGAAGUACUACUUUAAAGCAGCAUACUUUGCCAGUACCUAAAAAAAAAGAUGCAUUGUUUCACAUGGUUUUCGAAAUGGAACCUGGCGAAUAUUUCCGUCCAGAUCGCCAAGUGGGAGCCAUCAUCGCCAUUCAUUCCCCAAACACCAUCAUCAAUCCAUUCUAUGAUGGUUUUGUCAUUAAACCUGGAAAUAUUUAUUCAGUGCAUUUGAAAGUUGUUGAAGAAAAACUUCUACCAUUCCCAUAUGAAACUCAAUGUAAAGAUUAUCAGUCUGAAUGGAAAAAGAGGAAUGGAAAAGGACCACUUAGUCAGGAAAUGUGUUUGGCUGAAUGUGUUUACAACGUUUCCAUGAAAUUAUGUAACUGUGUCAUUCCCAAUAUCAUGUAUUACCAUGAAGACAGAAUUUGUUCAGGAAGUGAAAUGGACUGCUUUGAUUUCAACGUCUCGCAAUGUUAUACUGUCUGCCAACAACCCUGCCAAAGUCGAAGAGCAGAUCUAAAUGAAUUUUUCAGAGAUGUGCUUCGCUUCAUAACAGUAUCAUUUAGGGAUGAUGGUUCUGCCCAAUGGGAUCAAUUCACCAA